CUCAAGCAGUCGUUUUACCGACUUCAAAAUAAAUCCGUGUAGAAACAAACCGACCAAUUGGUUCCUAGACAAGAGGUCCGGCGCUGUUAUACUUUUCGCGCCAUUUAAAACACAGUCGCGGUCUGAAAUCUGAGCUGUUUUCCGGGAACAUGCGACGAACAAGGAGUUGCCGGGACAAGUCUGUGGCAGAUUCAGGCAGUGAAGCUUCAGAGGCGAAGACGGUUUGGCAGUGGAAAGGAGAUGAAGGUGAAUGGGAACCGUAUCCUCCAGAGGUCUGCGAACAGCUGGAUGCAGCAAAGCAGGCUGGUGAAAAGUCUGUUUCGUUGGGGCUUGGACCUGGUUACGUAGUGGAUCUUGUGCAAAUGACUCAGACCAAUACUGUCAGCAAGUACAAACGAAAAAUACGCCUUCAGAAAGUGAAGUCAGAAGAUCUGAUUGAAGGGAAUGCUCUGAAUGGUAAUAAAGGAGUAGCAGGAAUUGUUCAGAUUAAAGAAGAAAAAGAGGAGGAAGAGGAGCAGCCCGUUUCCAAGAAAAGACGCAAUGAAGGGAGGAGUCAGAAAGCGAACAAAGCCAAACCUGUGGUAAAAGAAGAAUGUGAAGAGGUUGUGAAGACACUGGUUAUGAAGGGCAAAGCCCCUGUUGAUCCAGAAUGCAAGGCUAAAUUGGGAAAGGCACACGUCUACAACGAGGGUGCUGAUGUGUAUGAUGUUAUGCUCAAUCAGACUAAUCUCCAGUUCAACAAUAAUAAAUAUUAUCUGAUCCAGCUUCUUGAAGAUGACAGUGCAAAGGCCUACAGUGUGUGGUUGAGGUGGGGACGAGUGGGCAAAGUAGGACAGAACAAUCUGGUUAGCUGUGGGGCAAAUCUAGCACAGGCCAAAGACACCUUCAAAAAGAAAUUUUUUGACAAGACCAAGAAUGAGUGGGAGCAUAGAGCAAGUUUUGAGAAAGUUGCAGGAAAAUAUGACAUGGUAUUUAUGGACUACAGCACUGAAGACAAGGAGGUGGAUAAAGCUGUGGUUCCCUCUGCUACUCAAAAAAAGCCCUGCCAACUGCACAGCAAGGUCCAGUCUCUCCUAGAGCUCAUUUGUGACCUCAAAGCCAUGGAGGAGUGUGUGCUGGAGAUGAAGUUUGACACCAAAAAAGCCCCGCUCGGAAAACUAACAGCAGAGCAAAUUCGUGCUGGCUAUGCCUCAUUGAAAAGAAUUGAGGAGUGUUUGAAGAAGAAAGGGAGUAACAAGGAGCUUUUGGACGCAUGCAAUCAGUUUUACACCCGCAUCCCUCAUGAUUUUGGGUUGCGGACACCACCUAUAAUUCGCUCAGAGGAGGAGCUGAAGGAGAAAAUUUCUUUGCUCGAGACACUAAGUGACAUUCAGAUAGCGGUUAAAAUGGUUCAGUCUAAUGUUCAGAGUGACGAGCAUCCUUUAGACAGACAGUAUCACUCUCUAAACUGCCAACUGCAACCACUGGAUUCUGACAGCAAGGAGUACAAGGUUAUAGAGACAUAUCUCAAGUCUACCCAUGCACCCACCCAUACUGACUACACAAUGACUAUUCUGGAUGUCUUUGCUGUGGAACGAGAGGGCGAGAAGGACAGCUUCAACUCUGAGCUGCAAAACAGGAUGCUCCUGUGGCACGGCUCUCGUCUGACAAACUGGGUGGGGAUCCUGAGUCAGGGUCUGCGAGUGGCCCCUGCAGAGGCUCCUGUGACCGGAUACAUGUUCGGUAAGGGGAUCUAUUUCGCAGACAUGUCAUCCAAAAGUGCCAAUUACUGCUUUGCCAGUCAGAAGAACAACCAGGGACUCCUGUUGCUGAGCGAGGUUGCCCUUGGGGAUAGUAAUGAACUUUUGGACGCAGAUUACAAUGCCGACCAACUGCCUUCUGGAAAGCAUAGCACAAAAGGUCUGGGCCAAACUGCACCAGACCCCAAAAAAUCAGUUGCAUUGAACGGUGUGACUGUGCCCAUGGGACCCUCUGUGAAGACUGGUGUGGGCCAGAAAGGAGGAUACUCUCUCCUUUAUAAUGAGUACAUUGUUUAUAACCCUGCUCAGAUCCAGAUGAAGUACCUCCUGAGAGUUCAGUUUAACUUCUCUUCACUGUGGUGAGCUUCACAUUUUGGACACUGACAGUCUGAACAGUUUGAGGUGAAG